UCCCGUGGUGGAAGCCGGCCAGAAGAGCGCUCCCGGGAAGCGCAGGACCGGAGCGCGCGGCGGCUGCAGAGCGCAAGAAGACGGGCGCAGGCGGCCGGGUGGGCGGCGGCCGCGAGCGUGGGCACCCGGCGAGCAGGCCGCGUCACGCUCACCAUGCUCAGCUGCCGGGACGCCGGCGUCCUGCUGUGCGCGCUGCUCGGCUGUGUGCUUUCCUCAGGAUCUAGUUCAGGUUCGAAGUUAAAAGAUCCUGAGCUGAGUUUAAAAGGCCCCCAGCACAUCAUGCAAGCCGGACAGAUGCUCUAUCUCAGAUGCCGAGGCGAAGCAGCUCUUUCAUGGUCUGUGCCUAAAGCAAGUAGAGAAAGUAAAAGGCUGAACAUCACAAAAUCCACCUGUGGCAGAAACGGCAAGCAGUUCUGCAGUGUUCUGACCUUGAACGCGGCUCAGGCAAACCACACGGGCCCGUAUAGCUGCAGAUAUGUAAAUGUCUCCACUUCACGAAAGAAUAAAGCAGAAUCCACAGUCUACGUAUUUAUUCAUGAUACAGAAAGACCUUUUGUAGAGAUGUACACUGAAAUCCCACAAGUUCUAUACAUGGUGGAAGGGCGGGAACUUGUCAUCCCCUGCCGGGUCACAUCACCCAACAUCACUGUGACCUUAAAAAAGUUUCCACUUGAUGAAGUGAUCCCCAUGGGGGACAGGAUCACGUGGAACAGUCAGAAGGGGUUUAUCAUAUCAGACGCCUCAUACAGAGAGAUAGGAAUCCUGACCUGUGAAGCGACAGUCAGCGGACACUUGUAUAACACCAACUAUCUCAUACAUCGACAAACCAAUACAAUCUUAGAUGUCCAAAUAAGCACCCCGACUCCAGUCAAGUUACUCAGAGGUCAGACUCUGAUCCUCAAUUGCACUGCCACCACCCCACUGAACACCAGAGUGCAAAUGACCUGGAGUUACCCCGGGGAGACCAGUAGAAGAGCUUCAAUCAGGCAACGAAUUGACCGAAGCAGUAGCACUGUCAAUGUAUUUUACAGUAUUCUUGUCAUUGACCAAGUGCAGAAUAGGGACAGAGGACUUUACACUUGUCGGGUAAAGAGUGGACCGUCGGUCAGAUCCGUCAAUACCUCAGUGCAUGUAUAUGACAAAGCAUUCAUCACCGUGAAGCAUCGUAAACAGCAGCUGCAUGAGACCGUGGCCGGCAAGAAGGCUUACCGGCUCUCUAUGAAAGUGAAGGCAUUCCCCCCACCAGAAGUUAUAUGGUUAAAAGAUGGGUUGCCUGUGGCCGAGAAGUCUGCUCGCUAUUUGGCUCAUGGCUAUUCGCUAAUUAUCAAAGAUGUAACUCCAGAGGAUACAGGAGAUUACACCAUCUUGCUGGGCAUAAAUCAGGCCAAUGUGUCUAAAAACCUCACUGCCACUCUAAUUGUAAAUGUAAAACCCCAGAUUUAUGAGAAGGCCGUGUCAUCAUUUCCAGACCCAACUCUGUAUCCACUGGGCAGCAAACAGAUCCUGACUUGCACCGUCUAUGGCAUCCCUGAGCCUAUAGUCCAGUGGUUCUGGCGACCCUGUAACUACAGUCAUUCCAAAGCAAGGCAUGAUUUUUGUUCCAACAAUGGAGGAGCCUUCAUCCUGGAUCCCACCCGCAAGACAGGAAACAAGAUUGAGAGCAUCACGCAGCGCAUGGCAGUCAUAGAAGGAAAAAAUAAGAUCGCCAGCACCUUGGUCGUGGCCGACUCUAGAAUUUCUGGAAUCUACAGUUGCGUGGCCUCCAAUAAAGUCGGGACUGUGGAAAGAAACAUGAGCUUUUAUGUCACAGACGUGCCAAAUGGGUUUCACAUUCACUUGGAAAAAAUGCCUACAGAAGGAGAGGACCUGAAGCUGUCUUGCACAGUCAACAAGUUCUUGUACAGAAACGUGACUUGGAUUUUGCUGCGAACAGUUAACAACAGAACGAUACGGCACAGUAUUAGCAAGCAAAAAAUGGCCGUCAUGAAGGAGCACUCCGUUACCCUCAAUCUCCUCAUCAAGAACGUGUCCCUGGACGACUCAGGCACCUAUGCCUGCAGAGCCAGGAACGCAUACACGGGGGAAGAGACCCUGCAGAAGAUAGAAGUUACAAUCAGAGACCAGCAAGCGCCAUCUCUCCUGCGAAACCUGAGUGACCACACAGUGGCCGUCAGCAGCUCAACCAUGUGGGACUGCCAUGCUAGCGGUGUCCCGGAGCCUCAGAUAACCUGGUUUAAAAACAACCGCAAAAUACAGCAAGAACCCGGAAUUAUUUUAGGACCAGGAAGCAGCACACUGUUUAUUGAAAGAGUCACCGAAGAGGAUGAAGGCGUCUAUCAUUGCAUAGCCACCAACCAGAAGGGCUCCGUGGAGAGCUCGGCAUACCUCACCGUGCAAGGAACUUCGGACAAGUCCAGUCUGGAGCUGAUCACACUGACAUGCACCUGUGUGGUGGCCACCCUCUUCUGGCUCCUGCUAACACUCUUUAUCCGAAAGCUGAAAAGGUCGUCUUCCGAAAUAAAGACCAACUACCUAUCGAUUAUAAUGGAUCCAGAUGAAGUGCCCCUGGACGAGCAGUGUGAACGGCUCCCUUAUGAUGCCAGCAAGUGGGAGUUUGCCCGGGAGAGACUCAAAUUGGGCAAAUCGCUUGGUAGAGGGGCUUUUGGGAAAGUGGUUCAAGCAUCUGCUUUUGGCAUUAAGAAAUCUCCCACGUGCCGGACAGUGGCUGUGAAAAUGCUGAAAGAGGGAGCCACGGCCAGUGAGUACAAAGCUCUGAUGACCGAGCUCAAGAUCUUGACCCACAUUGGCCACCAUCUGAACGUGGUUAACCUGCUGGGAGCAUGCACCAAGCAAGGAGGGCCUCUGAUGGUGAUUGUGGAAUACUGCAAGUAUGGAAAUCUGUCCAACUACCUCAAGAGCAAAAGGGACUUAUUCUUUCUCAACAAGGACUCUGCACUCCACCUGGAGCUGAAGAAAGAAAGAGUGGAGGCAGGCCUGGAGCAAGGCAAGAAGGCGAGACUGGCCAGCGUCACCAGCAGCGAGAGCUUUGCCAGCUCUGGGUUCCAGGAAGAUAAAAGUCUGAGCGAUGUUGAGGAAGAGGAGGACGCUGAUGAGUUCUACAAGCAGCCCAUCACCAUGCAAGAUCUGAUCUCUUACAGUUUUCAAGUGGCCAGGGGCAUGGAGUUCUUGUCAUCCCGAAAGUGCAUUCAUCGGGACCUGGCAGCCAGAAACAUUCUCUUAUCUGAGAACAAUGUGGUGAAGAUUUGCGAUUUUGGCCUCGCCCGGGAUAUUUAUAAGAACCCUGAUUAUGUGAGAAAAGGAGAUACUCGACUUCCGCUGAAGUGGAUGGCUCCGGAAUCCAUCUUCGACAAAAUCUACAGCACCAAGAGUGACGUGUGGUCCUAUGGAGUGCUGCUGUGGGAAAUCUUCUCCUUAGGUGGGUCUCCAUACCCUGGCGUGCAGAUGGACGAAGACUUCUGCAGCCGCCUCAAGGAAGGCAUGAGGAUGCGGGCACCCGAGUACGCAACACCGGAAAUCUAUCAGAUCAUGCUGGACUGCUGGCACAAAGACCCCAAAGAAAGGCCCAGGUUUGCGGAGCUUGUGGAGAAACUCGGCGAUUUGCUUCAAGCCAAUGUGCAACAGGAUGGCAAGGACUACAUCCCGCUCAAUGCUAUUCUGACGGGAAACAACGCGCUGACCUACUCGGCUCCCGCCUUUUCCAAGGACUUCUUCAAGGGGGGCGUCUCCCUCCCCACGUUUCAUCCGGGAAGCUCUGACGAUGUCAGAUACGUGAACGCGUUCAAGUUCAUGAGCCUGGAGAGAAUCAAAACACUCGAAGAACUCUCACCACACAACACCACCCUGCUUGAUGAUUACCACGUGGACAGCAGCCCUCUGUCGGUCUCCCCCCUGCUGAAGCGCUUCACCUGGACAGAGAGUAAACCCAAGGCCCCGCUCAAGAUCGAUUUGAGAGUCACCAGCAAGAGUAAGGAGUCCGGGCUGUGUGACAUCGCCAUGCCCGCUUUCUGUCAUUCCAGCUGUGGGCACCUCAGCAAGGGCAGGCGCAGGUUCACCUACGACCACGCCGAGCUGGAACACAAGGUCUCUUGCUGCUCUCCGCCCCCAGACUACAACUCUGUGGUCCUGUACUCCACUCCACCUGUCUAGGACUCAGCACAGCCUUACUUCCGGAAGCACCUGUGUACUGACAUCCCCACAACACUAGCUUUUGCCAGUAUUAUGCAUCUCUAAGUUUACACCUUUUCCUUUCCACAGGAGUGAGCUGCUUUUUCCAAUAUUUUUUU